AUGGCAGACAGUGUCAAGAUCUUCCUUAAUGAUCUCAUCAGGGUAAGUGUUUCCUUUUCAUUAUGGCCAUCUAUUUUUAAAGUGUGUUUAUAGGCUAAAAUUGGGACGCGGGUGGCGCUGUGGGUUAAACCACAGAGCCUAGGACUUGUCAAUCGGAAGGUCGGCGGUUCGAAUCCCCGUGACGGGGUGAGCUCCCGUUGCUCGGUCGCUGCUCCUGCCAACCUAGCAACCUAGCAAAUCAAGUGCAAGUAGAUAAAUAGGUACAGCUCCGGCGGGAAGGUAAACGGUGUUUCUGUGCGCUGCUCUGGCUCGCCAGAAGUGGUUUAGUCAUGCUGGCCACAUGACCCGGAAGCUGUACACCGGCUCCCUCGGCCAAUAAAGUGAGAUGAGCGUCGCAACCCCAGAGUCGGCCACGACUGGACCUAACGGUCAGGGGUCCCUUUACCUUUACCUAUAGGCUAAAAUCAGAUUCCAAGUAUUUCCUGUUGGAUGUUAAGAUUUGUGGAUUCUAGUUUUCUAAGGUGCCAAGCAAGCCUCUUUCUCUCAGGCAGCAAAAGCAAGGAGAGGGCUCAGACCCUCCGGGGCUAUUUCCAUCUGGAGUUGCAUUUUCAGUGGGCAAUCAAUGUGAUGGUAGAGUAAAAUCAUUCUCAAAGCAAAUUUCCUUGGGGUCUGAUUAUGAAGAGCUAUGCGACCUGAUAAUAGGAUCGUUCAUACCGCCAUGGUAUGGUGCUAUAAGAUUAAGCUAUCUGGUGUACCCUUCCCCCUCUUACAUGCUCUACUUAUUUAGUUCCUAGUUUGUGGCAAACCAUACGUCUGAACUGGAAAACUGGUUUACACUUGCCCUCAGAAUCUGAUUGUGGAAACCUGGUUUGAAAAUCGAGAGCAAACCACAGUGUAAUACACAGUGUAAUACACCCCUCCAGAUAUUGCUGGUCUCCAACUCCCAUCUCUAACCUUUGGCUUGUGGAAGAUGGGCGGGCAUGAAUUUGAAGCUUCAUUUUGCUUUUUCCAAUCUUGUCUCCAAUUAUGGUGAUUCCAUUUACCUUGUUGCUCAAGCAUCUUUGGUUCCUUUCCACUUGAUUCAAUCAGCUUCCCCAUCUUCCUCUAUACCACUGCCAUACUCCAACUGUUUUCUAUUCUUUCUAGGUUUUCUUUUGUCUGUACUCUUAUUUCACACUUUGCAACAACCAAAUGUGCUUCACAUUGACCUUCCUGAAUUUCAUCUUGAUAUAGUUAUCUCUGUGCAGCAUUGUGCUACCAGUAUUAACCCCCUUGCCAGCUAUUUUGAUCUCAUUUAACCACUUCUCCGUUGGUUUUUUGUUUCGAUUUUUGCAUCCAGUCUCUGUUUUCUGCUCUUAUUUGGGAACUUCUAGAGGCAGCGUUUUGUAUGCCAUAAGAGUUCUGAACUGUAACACUUUACACAAGUUUGGGAGUGUUGAUCCCAAAGCCAGCUGUUGAUGGUUCAGGUAUAGUGGUAUCUCAGGUUAAGUACUUAAUUCGUUCAGGAGGUCUGUUCUUUUUUUUUAAUAUAUAAGAUAUUUAUUAAGAUUUCAAAGUAUUACAAAAUAAAAAUAAAAAAGUAAGAAAAUACAAAAUAAAAAUGGUUAAAAACAACUCAUUCUUUCCAUUACUUAUUUUUCAUUAGCUUAUUUCCCGGACCUCCUCACACCUCCCUUUUUUGUAUUCCAGUUCAGUUUGUUGGUUCAGCAAAUCCUUACCCUCUUUGUUUAUCCUAGCCUUUAAUCUUAAGCUAUUGUAACAUUGAAUUUUUACCUAUUAAUAAUAAUCCAUUUUUCAUAUUCCCUUAUAAUAUUACAGCUGAAAACCACUUAAUUUCUAUCCAACAUCAUUCUAACAUUCCUUAAUUUUACAAUAUUUCUGUAGAUAGUCUUUAAAUUUCUUCCACAGGAGGUCUGUUCUUAACCUGAAACUGUUCUUAACCUGAAGCAACACUUUAGCUAAUGGGGCCUCCUGCUGCUGCUGUGCCACCGGAGCACGAUUUCUGUUCUCAUCCUUAAGCGAAGUUCUUAACCCGAAGUACUAUUUCUGGGUUAGCGGAGUCUGUAACCUGAAGCGUAUGUAACCUGAAGCGUAUGUAACCUGAGGUACCACUGUAUUGCCUAGGUUGAUUCUGCUAAAACUAAUACAACUACCUUUGCAGGAAAACAAGAACUAACUCUAAACCCCUUUGCAUAGGAUGUACCUCUUGAGCGGCUUCCUAGUUUGGCACUAUCAUUCCCACUGGCAGGGAGAUUUAGAAAUGCUCAUAAAUAGCUCUUCAUGCUUCUGUCACAGCUUAUCUUUCACCCCUCAUUUUCCAUCAAGCCCUUUCUUUCAUCCUCUGCUCUUUAUUCAUUCUACAUUCCCUUAUUCUUAAAACCAGCUCUGCCUCUUACUCUUGGAACUCCUUCCCAGACAAUGCCCACAAUACUGUUUCAGUUUCUAUCCACAGAUCUGUUCUUAAUAGCAGAUUCUUCUCUAUCACAGCCCUAAGCAUUCUAGAUUUUUUACUCCCCCCCCCCUUUGUUGCUUUCCCUACCCUCCCACAUCACAGUCUUGCAACCCAAUCAUGUGCAUCUUUUCUCAAAAGGAAGGUCUACCUAAUUUAAUCAGACUUAGGACUCGGCUACAUUAGUAAAGAAAAAGCAUUUUAUAUGUGUUAUAACACUGUGCAGUUUGGCCCGCCACAAGGUCUGAAGGAAGGUGAACUGGCCCCCUCCUUAAAAAGUUUGCUGACCCCUGGACUACACAAAUCUUUGAAGGAGUAGUAGUUUGCCAAAAGAGAAAACAAACUACCCUCUGAUGUCAUUUUCUCUGAGUCCCUGGAACAUUUAAUCAUUUUAUUCUAGGUCACUGGGUAGUUAAUACUAGGUGUUGCUCAUGGAUUGACCUUUGGCUAAAAUUGAGAGUGCUGGAGCUCCUGCUUGGCUAGAAAGCCACUGGCAGACAUCCAGGCUUGUCUUUUGAGAAAAUGUUAGAAGGAAAAAGAAAAUGUAAUGCAAGUAUCUGAGUUGUCCCAAACACUUGAGCUGUGGUUUGCCAUAUAGUACAAUGGAUUAUGUGUGUACAUUGAUUCCAUUAUUGCAGUAUGCAGCUGUAAGGUUUGGCAUUAGGCUUGUCAUACGGCAUCCUGAAAACAAAAUCUGUCUUAUGUUGUCAUGUUUCUAGACCUCUAGGCUUGGAAAAUAUGUUCGAUAAUGUUUGACUGAAGUUUCAGAAAUCCAGCAGGCGUUGCAAUAGGCUUUCCAGUAGCUGGAGUUGCUUAUUUCUGUGUAAAUUCUCAUGGUUUAGUUGUCCCACUCCAAGUAGGUUUCCCUGAGUAAACCUUCAUUUCAGACUCUUUCUUUCCUCUACUGGAAUUUGGUUAAUAAGAUAGGAAGAGGGGAUGGCUUAUCUUUGAGCUGGCAGAACAAGUGAGUCUUUCUCUUUCUUCUUCCUAAAUUCAUCCCGUAGUUCAUAAAUCAGAGUUGUCACAAGGUUAUUGAUUAAUCUGUAAAACUCACCUAUUCAUUUUUCUCUCCACAGUUUCCCCAAAACUUACUGAAUUUGGGCCUGAUUACAGUUGUACCUUGGAAGUUGAAUGGAAUCCGUUCCGGAAAUCCGUUCGACUUCCAGAAUGUUUGGAAACCAAGGCGCAGCUUCUGAUUGGCUGCAGGAAGCUCCUACAGCCAAUCAGAAGCCGUGGAACUCGCACUGGACGUUCGGGUUCCAAAGAAUGUUCGCAAACCGGAACAAUCACUUCCGGGUUUGCGGCAUUCGGGAGCCAAAACGUUCGAAUCGCAAGUCAUUUGACUUCCAAGGUACGACUGCAUUUUGUCUCUCUCUCCCUCUUUGUAUAGGGAAUUAAAGACUCCAUAUGGGGGAUCUGGACAAUCUCCAAGUUGGAUGCUCGAAUCCAGCAGAAAAGGGAAGAGCAGCGAAAAAGAAGAGCAAGCAGUGUGCUUGCCCAGCGAAGAGCACAGAGUGAAGAGAGGAAGCAGGAGAAGUGAGUUUGGGAGGGUUUGAUCGUGCUCCCACUUUCAAUAUACAAAGAUAAGAAAUCAAACCAAAGUAGGAAUGCCUGGAAAUAUAUGAUAACGGCACUGUGGCAUAUAUAGAAGUUGGAACCAUGUAUUUUAUACACGCAGAUCCCACUUACCAAACACAAUGUUUUCCAUGGAUAUUGUUUGUUAGGCGAGUGUUUGUAUAACGAGUCUGUGAUUUCCAUUAUUUCCUAUGGAAAUAUUUCUCAGCCCCCCUCGCCGCUUUUUCAGUGGUUUCUUCCUGAAGCGGUUGCAACCAAAGGAAAAAACCCAAUUUGUCCUAUCUUUCCUGCUCUCCGAUUCACCCAAUCCCUCUCCCCACCUCCAUGGUUUCUGACUGAACAUUACUGCUACUGACAAGGAAAAAAACACAGAAGGAAGAAAACUGGCUGUUCAGAUAAGUGACUCUAUGGAGUGUAUAGCGAGACUUGGGCAUAAUGUAUGGAUAAGUGAAUUUUUGGAUAGUGAGUGUGUGGAUAGCAGGACCUGUGUGUAUUUCUAAAUAUGGCGGGCUUGUGGAAAAAGAGAAUUAAAAAGUAGAUUUAUUAUUCUACUUGGAAAUGGGUGUCUUGAUGGUCUCCCAUCCACGGAACUGAUCUGGUCCACACCUGCUCAAUUUCAGCAUCUAAAGUUAUCAAACCAACCACUAGGUUGUGGAUAAGGGGGAAUUUGACAAGAGUAAUUUAAGGUAUUUGUUCUGUUUCCCCCCCCCCCGUUUGAGAGAGAAUUGGGCAGAAUGUACAUUCACAUCGUCACUUUUCGAAAGCUCUCACACAUUCCCCUUGUUUCUCUCUAGUGAGCCCCGGAUAGUAAGCCGAAUAGUUCAGUGUUGUGCGUGGAAUGGCGGUGUAUUCUGGGUUAGUAUAUUUUUGUUGUUUUAAACAUCUGAACAUCAUUGAAAUGAUUGUGUACAUGUUUGCUGGCUUGCAUGCAGGAAUCUUGCAAAUCCGGGAGCAAACCAAUAAGUGACUUAAAUCUUCCGUGUUAGAUUGGUUUGCCAAUGUUUUACUAUCUCAAAUCAGAUUUUAUUUUUUCAGAGGGUUCCUGAAAAAGGGAUUUGGAUAUGCGGCCUACUUAAUUCUUCUGCUGCUUUGUUGCCAGUAAUCAUUGCCAGCUGCCUUCUGGCCUGCCCACAAAAUGUCUAUGAGCCACCGGAAUGUCUAGACUUACAUUUUUUGGGGAAUCGUUGCCUUCAUAAACCAGUCCUUUCAUUUGUGAGCCUAUUUCUCAAACCUCAAAAACUUCUGCACAUUCAGAUCUAGAAGUGGUCUUGGGAAGAACACCACUGAACUGAAUUGUGUGUUAGAACCAGCUCAGUCUUCUGACCUUGUGGUUAGUAUAAUGGAUGUUCACAGCCUUGAUUACAAUAUUAUUUAUUGUGGGUUUUAAAUUUCCAUUUAGAGUGUGUCUUGGCUGGUGAAGUUUUAGUAUGGAAGCACUAAAAAGGAACCCAUCUAAUAUGGAUUUUGGCUGUAUUUAGAGGAAAAGUCAGAACGCUACCCCUGGUGCUCUUUGUUUUAAUAGAGCUUCUAGCUCUUUCUCUGCUGUGUGCAUGCAGACAUAUUAAAGUGCAUAGGCAAUGCAAGCUUAAGUGAUCAGGGGGCAGAAUUUGGGGACCAUGGCAACAACUAUUCCCCCCUCCCAUGGCGGCCGUCUCUGUAACUGCCUCUCCUUAAACAGGGGUGGGGAACCUUUUGGCUCUUUCCAGAAGUUGCUGAAUUACAACUCCCAUCAUUCCUGGCCAUUGGCCACACUUGUUGGGGCAGAUAGGAGUUGUAGUUCAGUAACUUCUGGAAAGCCAAAAGUUCCCUGCAACUUCCUUAACAACAACAAAAGAGUUGUUCAAGGUGCUUCAGAUCCCAAAAUUAGCCAAUAUGAUUCCCUCCAGAUGUUUAGCACUACAAGGUGCAUCAGGCCCAGUCUGUAUUGACCAGAGAUGAUAGGAGAGUUGUAGUCUAAAUCUGGAUUGCACCACAUGAAAUGUCUACUGUAGGUUCCAUGUCUGGUCCUUCCUUGAUAGUUAGGCUGCAGUGUUGAUCGUCUAGCUUUAUGCACCUCCAUCUGCGUUGUUCAUAAUUCAGAGCGGAUUAGCAUAUGCCUGUAGACUUCCCAACGUCUGUCGCUUUAUCUUGUUUCCCACAUACACAGAGAUGCUAGUGCAAGGGAUAACUUUCUGAUAGUGUUUGCUAAGGUGCAUGGGCAAUACCUUUUGUGUGUCUUCUUGUACACCUGUCUGUAUGUGGGGAAAAAUAAUACACACCUGGAGGAAACUGUAGACUUUGAAAGGGUAAACUAAUUUGCAAAUAUACCGUAUUUGCCUGAAUAUAAGCUUCACUUUUUUUUCCAAAUUCCGACCAUGCAAAGUUAAAGCGUGGCUUAAAUUUGCGACCUUACAAAAACGAUAUCGCUUGAAACAGACAUAUGGUAAAAUGGAACAAAAAAAAUGUUUUCUUGCUGAUUUGUGAGCUUGAGACUGUUCAUUUGCCAUUUACAGGUGUGAGUGCCUGCGGAAUUGUAGCAAUUAAAUAGUGAUUUGUGAUUUUAGCGACUGUACAAUAACUUUUGUAGGCUUUCAAGACUGAAGGCUUAAAUUGACACCAAGUUACAAUUCUACCAACUGCAGCGAUUUUCAGCCUGUAACCCAAUUUUAAGGGAGCGGCUUAUAUUCGGGCAUUGUCUUUUUUUCUCUCCCCCCCUUGAAUUUUAAAGGUGCGGCUUAUUUGCGGGUGCGGCUUAUAUUCAGGCCAAAACGGUACUGGAGAUUUCAGAAUUAUGGCUAAAUUGUAGAACGGAGCGUGUCUGUACAAACAUGUUAAACUGUACUGAUUUCCUUCUUUGCUUCUUCUUCUUAGCUUAGUCUCCUCUUGUUCUAUCAGGUAUUUAUACCUGUACUUCAGUCAGCCACAGCACAAAUAAUCGGUAAGUAUUAGAAGUGCCUUUUAUUAGCUGCACCUGGUAUGACAACUUUAACUGUUGACCAUAGUAGUUCAGGCACUGGUGACUUCAAUAUUGAAUUACUGCAAUGCCCUCAGUGCGGGGCUUCCCUGGUGCUUGACCUAGAAACUUCAGUUGGUGCAGAAGGCUGCAGCAUGCUUGCUGAUGGGAGUGAGACCCUAUCAGCAUAUAUCCUCUGCCCAGAGAUCUGCUGUGGUUGCCUAUUGGUAUCAGGCUUUCAUGUACAGUUCAUUGGUGCCUGCUUAAAACAUUCUUGUUUAGGCAAGCCUAUCCUGGCAAGUAGGGGCGCGGGUGGCGCUGUGGGUUAAACCACAGAGCCUAGGACCUGCCAAUCAGAAGGUCAGCGGUUCGAAUCCCCGCGACGGGGUGAGCUCCCGUUGCUCGGUCCCUGCUCCUGCCAACCUAGCAGUUCGAAAGCACGUCAAAGUGCAAGCAGAUAAAUAGGUACCACUCCGGCGGGAAGGUAAACGGCGUUUCCGUGCGCUGCUCUGGUUCACCAGAAGCGGCUUAGUCAUGCUGGCCACAUGACCCGGAAGCUGUACGCCGGCUCCCUCGGCCAAUAAAGCAAGAUGAGUGCCGCAACCCCAGAGUCGGUCACGACUGGACCCUAUGGUCAGGGGUCCCCUUUACCUUUACCUAUCCUGGCAAGUAAAUGUUCAUAUGUUUUUGAUCUGUUUUUUACUGUUAAAUUUAGUUGCCUUUAAAUGUUUUAAACUGUUUUAUUGAUAAUUUUAACAUUUCUUGUAAACCCGUUGGAGGUUUCGCUACAAUCAAGUGGUGUUAUAUAAAUAAAUUUCCUUAAAUAAAUUAAAAACUGCCAGGAGACAAUUGCUUGCAUCUUGGUUAGCCAGUCAUCAACUCAUGGCAACAUGAACCGUGUGCCUGAGGGACCUUGAACUUGUUUCAGCUACUAGCCCUGCAUGCCAAACCUCUUUGGAAACUGAUGGGAAUCUUCAAAAAUAAUUGGGAACCUGGUAUACAGGGGUCUGCCAUUCAAAAGCGGGCUGGGUGGGAACUGCUAGCUUUUGCCAUCUCCUUCAGUGCACCUAAAGUAGCUUUUUGGCUCCUGUCACAAGCCUUGUAGAAUUCACAGUACUUUGGUCCCAGACAUUGGGUGGCUGAUUUUUGUAUCUUUGUCUCUGGAAGGUGACCCCUCCUUACACGGUGAUGUCUGGUCCUGGCUGGAAUUUAUCCUCACCUCCAUCUUCAGUGCCCUUUGGGUUCUUCCUCUCUUUGUGCUGAGUAAAGUUGUCAAUGCCAUCUGGUUUCAGGUAGGUGACCUUGCCAGGAAGAUGUUACUCCCUUUUGUGCAAUGCUUGUCAAUUGAUGAUUUCAGUGCUUGUCUCACCAACACCAAUCACUAAACUGUGUUUAGGAUUGUAGCUUAAGGGUGUAUCUCAUUUGGCUGGUCCAUAUCUCUUUAUAUCUGUGUAUUCACACACACAAAUUACACACACACACACACACACACUGCAUGCAGUCAGACACACUUAGAUAUGCACACAUACAUCCAGUAUUUUUAAGGCCGCUCCCCCUAAGUAUGCUGUCCCAGCUUGGUCCCUUUUCGGGGUGCAUAUUGCAAAUUCAGCAGUAUGUAAAGGGAAAAUGGAUACCGCAUUUUUCGCUCUAUAGGACGCACUUUUUCCCCUCCAAAAAUUAAGGGGAAAUGUGUGUGCGUCCUAUGGAUUGAAUGCAGGCUCCUUGGCUUCAGCGAUAGCAACGCGAAGCCUCCGAAGCGCUCCCUCUGUGCUCCGGAGGCUUCGUGUUGCUUUCGCUGAAGCCUGGAGAGCGAGAGGGGUCGGUGCGCACCGACCCCUCUCGCUCUCCAGGCUUUAGGGAUAGCUGCCUGAAGCCUUUGGAGCGCAGCGGGAACUUGCGCUGCGCUCUGAAGGCUUUGGGUUCCUUUUGCUGAAGCCAGGAGAGCAAGACUCUCCCGGCUUCAGCAGAGAGGGAGAGCUGCGCAGCACCCCUUCAGCGAAGCGGGAGGAGAAAUGGAAGGGGCUCCGUUUCUCCUGCCGCUUCGCUGAAGGGGCGCUGAGCAGAGAGGGGGAGAAUUUUUUUCUCUUGUUCUCCCCCUCUAAAAUACGGUACAUGUCUGAUUAUGUACAGAUGAUGUGCACCUCAUGAUUGGUUGUGAGUGGCCUGGAGGAGGGUGGGAUCUCAUCAGUUUCCAAAGCGGAAAAGUGAUGGUAUUAGGAGAAGUCUUUUACUGCCCUUACUGCCACAUGUUUUGAGUGGUGUAUUGAAAGCUUUCAUAUUUCAUUUCAUUUCAUUUUUUAAGGAUGGGAACCGGCACCUUGGAAGUUAAAGCAGCUGUGUUAAAAUGCAGGACAGUAACAAAUGCUACUGACUCUUACCUUCGGAAGAACAUGGUUUUCUGAUGAGAUAUUCUGUGUUUUCUUUUAAAAAAAACCCAACUACAGAUAUUUUACCCAAGAUCGUUUACAUUUACUAUGCCUGUUUUUGUUCCUUGUACAAUCUGUAUUGUGAUGACAGUGGUCCUAAGUAGUGAGAGGAUUAAAUCUUGUCUUAAGAAAUCAGUUUUGCAAAAACAUUUCCCUGUGUUUCAGGACAUUGCUGAUCUGGCUUUCGAGGUGUCGGGAAGAAAGCCCCAGCCUUUCCCCAGCGUCAGUAAAAUCAUUGCUGACAUGCUGUUUAAUCUCUUACUGCAAGCUCUUUUCCUCAUCCAGGUAAGAGCAAGAAAGGCCUGGCAUCUCUUAACAACAACCCAGUUACUUAGUACCAUCAGUAUAUGCAAAUGUCUCGCAAAUUUAAGACUAAAUAGAACUUUUAUUCUCAGUAAUAGUGGAACUCACAGGUGGAGAAUACUUUUGUUUUUAUGAAUCUUUUAUUUGUAAUGGGAAUAUUUGUAUGAGUUAAUGCUUUAUACUGUAGUCCCUUUAGAGCUGCACUGUAUCUUUGUAUUUUUGUCCUUCCAGGCUGUGAAGCUUUAUGGUUUACAUUUUUGAUUCUUUGUUUCUUUUCUUUUUGUUAGAUUUGUGUUGUUGUUGUUGUUGUUAAUAAAAUAAAAUAAUAGCAAGGAAGGCCUGGACUCUGGCUGCACAGACACUUAACAGAAUAGUAAAAAAAUGGACCUGAAUAUUACCUAGGCCUUGUACAUCCACACUGUACAUGUAAAGUAUAUUUAUACCACUUUUCACAGACCUGACUUCUCCCAAGCAUCAUGGGAACUGUAGUUUAUCCCUCACAAAGCCGACAGUUCCCAGGAUUUGAGGGGAGAGGGGGGAAGCCAUAUGCUUUAAAUGAAUAGUGUGGAUGUGAGCUAUGAGGCAAAACCUGGAAUCAGUCAGGCUUUUAAGAGACCAGACUGUUCAAUCAUACCAUGAGGUACCUAAAGUAGAAAGCUGCUCAGGAAGCUGCAGGCAGGUAAAAUAUUUCCAGAUGACUCAAAGGUGUGAACUGAGUACCUCUCCUGCCACGCUGCUGUAACCUCUUAAGAAUGAUUACUUAAGCAGCUGUUGCCUCGCAGGAAUGAUGGUUAAACUUUAGUCGUGCCCAAAUAAUAAAGAGUGUAUGGGUGGCAGUUAAUGGAUGAGAGAAGCAAAAGCUUCUAGUCCCUUCAUUUUUUGCUUUUUUGGGGCUGAAUGAUGGUGCUUCUGUUGUGAUUGGAAGGCACCUGCUUUGCAGAUAAGAUUCCCUCUUUUUAAGUUGAUUCCUUCUUGCCUUCUGCAGGGGAUGAUUGUAAGCCUGUUUCCCAUCGAUAUCAUUGGCCAGUUAAUUAGCCUGCUUCAUAUGUCGCUGCUCUACUCACUUUACUGCUUUGAGUAUCGUUGGUUUAACAAAGGUAAGUGCUUCUUUUGGCUUCCUUAUUCAAAUAGCUGAGUUUUCUUUAAAGCUUUGGGCCGGUCCAUACAUAUUUACCUUUCUUUUGUGCCUGGGGUCUCCGUGGCAAUUGAGGGUGACUUAUAUGGCAGAGUCUCAGCACCAGCCCUCGAGGCUUAUGACACUGCCAUGGGAGCUUUUAGCGCAAUCCAUCCAUCCCAUGUGCUUAAUGGAUAUAAACGUUACCGCCACAGAUGAGAUCUUGAUCAUCUAUGAACUGUUCCUCUGGUGGUGUGUCUAGGAUGUUGGGGUCAGGUCAAGGUCAGGUUCAUUUCUCUGCUGCUCUGCAAAGCAGAUUGGGAAAGACGUUGAGAAUGUUGCGGUAUUUCAGUCUAAUCUACUUCACUGGGUUAUUGUGAGUUUCUAAAAAUGUCACUCUGAACUUUAUGGAGGAAUGCAGUGUGUGUGUGUGUGUGUGUGUGUGAGAGAGAGAGAGAGAGAGAGAGAGAGAGAGAGAGAGAGAGAACUUAUCCAGAAGUAAUCCCCGCAAAUUCAGUGAUUCCUUAGUAAGCAUGCCCCAGCUGUGUGCUGGCAAAAGACCAUACCACAAUGUAUGACCCAAGUUUUUGGCAUCUUUGUGAAACUCCCAUUUGUUGCGAAACACUGUUUGCAAAUGGCAUUUGAGGGGCUUCCGCCCUUUUGAUGUUGUUGCAGAGAGCUCUUGGAAUGUAAAAUCCAGUAUCUAUGUGUCUUUGCCUUCUUUUAACACUUUGUGAUUGGCUUUUGUCAUGUCAGGAAUUGAAAUGCAUCAACGAUUAUCCAACAUUGAAAGAAACUGGCCUUAUUACUUUGGAUUUGGCUUACCACUGGCCUUCCUCACUGCAAUGCAGUCUUCUUACAUUAUCAGGUGAUUUGUUCGGAUAUAUUUUCUUUGGAUAUUACAGUAGGCAAAUGUAAAAUCAAAUGUACACAGGAUAAAGCAGUGGGACAGGAAGGGAAGGUGUGGGGUUAAAGCAGCCACCCCCGACCUGGUGCCCUCAAGAUACUUUUGAAUCCAACUUGCAUCAUACAUGACUAUUGACUAUGCCGGCAGGGUCUGAUGGGAGUGGUAGUUCAAUAACUAUCUAGGGGGCACCAGUUUGGGGGAAACUGACUAGUGCAAGUAAUAUUGAGUGAAUGAUAAGAAAACAGGAUAGAUGGUACUGACGUGGGGCAGGGAGAUAAGGUGUAAAGACAAUUUUUGAGUCUAGGGCAGGCAUCCCCAAACUUGGCCCUCCAACUGUUUUGGGACUACAAUUCCCAUCAUCCAUGACCACUGGUCCUGUUAGCUAGGGAUGAUGGGAGUUGUAGUCCCAAAACAGCUGGAGGGCAGAGUUUGGGGAUGCCUGGUCUAGGGGUACAGCCAAGAUCUGCUCCCCCCCAUGCAACAUCUGGAAAAUAGAUACCCUCUUUCUAGAAUGUUAUUCCCCUUUACCACAUAGCAUGCUAAUGAACAAGUAGAAUCUAAGAAUAAGAUUUGUAUUAAAGAGGACUUCAAAACUUUCACAGAAAUUCUGAUCCACCUGUGUCUUGGGCCAAGACCACACAGAUGUAGUGCUGAGAUCCAUGGAUUUGUGCAGAGGUUGGCAUCCAGCUGUUGCACCUACCCUUUGUAGUGAUACAUUGAGUAGCAUCAGCAUAGAUAGGGGGCCAGGCACUUGCCUGGGGAAGGAGUGUACUGAGCAUGAAACUCUUUUAAGCACUUUGCAUUAGUGCAGUGGUCUGCAAGGUGUGAGUGAAUGAUUAAUAGUGGUGGUUCGAGUAGGAUUAGUGCCUCUUAAUUGUUUUCUCAAAUUGGUGUUGGUGAAUACUGAGUGUGGGAAAAGAUCUUGAUCUCUGACCAAUUUUAACAUUGGAUUUCUUAACAUUAAAAAGGGCUGCAGCAAAACGUGGCGAGGAAAAUGAUUAGACUCGCUUGUGUGAUAAGAAUUUGCCCUGAAUCUGCGUUCGCAUUUGUCUUGCCUCUGCUACCCAAUCCUGCAAUGUGGAUAUAUACUUGUGUUCAACUUGCACAAUGUUAUUUGCUCGUAGGUCGACUUUCACAGAUCUACAGAGAUACCCCUAGCAGUAGUUCUGUAAACAUUGCUGCUGUAUCUUGCGCCAAUAGGCGCACGUGUGUGAACAGAAACCAUCUCAUAAUAAGAAUGGUCUGAUUAAUUUCUUACUUCUUUUCCAGUGGCUGUCUGUUCUCCAUUCUUUUUCCUCUGUUUAUCAUCAGCGCCAAUGAAGCAAAGACACCAGGGAAAGCAUAGUAUGUAUUCUCUCUUCCUGUAUGAAAUGAUGGAAAAGAAGUCUACCAGUUGGCUAUGAAAUCUGUUCAAUUUUUCAUGCUGCUAACUGCUUCUUGCCAUCUUUGUGAUUUAGUUUGCCCCUCUGUUGGUGAACUAGAUAACUUUGGGAGCCCUGACGGCAAGUUUAACAUUCUUAGUAUUCCUGAUGGGUGGUGUGGGGUGUGCUUGCUAUUUGACCAGCAGAAACUGGAGUUUUGAAUGGAGAGAGAGAGUCAAAAGAGGCAUUUAUUUUCUGUGUAGAGUAACCGGGACAGAGUUAAGAUUCCCAAAAUGACUACAGGUGCCACUUGCAGAGACGACUUUUGUGGAACGCUGAAACUUGAAUCUCAAUAAAGCAAAUUACAUGUUGCUGAAGACACUAUCCUAUCUAAUGCAUACUGUAGUGUAUACAGUUGCUCCCAACUGUGCUUGGCUACGAAGAUAUUUAAACCCUGAAUGUCCUACAGUCUGCUUAUAAAAUACUUAUAAAAUGCCCUUAGGCUGUGUUAUGGCCCUUAGAGUGCACACACAUAGGCAUAUUUUGUAUGUUUUGUGUUGUGAACCGCCCUGUGAUCUUCAGAUGAAGAACAGUAUGCAAAUUAAUUAAAUAAAUAGUUUUGAAAGUAGGGCUGCAGAAAGUUAAGUGCAAAAGGAGCACGUGCACCUGCAUAUAAGAUUUCUGAGCCUAAGCAACUGCACUCAAAAGACAGAAUUUCAGUGCUAGGUCCCCUUAGAACAGGGCUGAGAAACCUUUUAUUUUUUCAGCUGAGGGCUGCAUUCCCUUAGGGCCAGUUUUCCAGAGGCCACAUGCCAGAGACAAAAGUGGGUGGAACAAAGUAUGUGAUUCUUACUUUUGCGCAGCGGAGCUUCAUUCCAGCUAUGCAAAAUACAGAGGAUUCUGUGCAUGUAUAUGUACAUGCACACAUGCACUCUCACUCCAGGCAAGCAAGAGACAUCAUCACAGUCCAAGGACACAUGCCAGGCAUGCAAAAGCACUAGAGUGUUGGCCAGGGUGGGUGAGGGGUGUGGCUUGGGGAGGGAGUGGCCUGAAGAGAAGCACAUGAAUUGUGCUCUGUUUUUUCAUUAACUGAUGCAAGGCAGAACUCGGGCAGUGAAAGGUCAAAGUGCUCCGAUCUUAUUUUGGACCAGAAAGCCUUUGGCUGGGAGCUAAUAGCCAUUUCCCCCUCCUUGUGUUCCAGCCACUUCCAGCUGCGCCUCUUUUCCUUGGUGGUCUUCCUCAGCAACAGACUCUUUCACAAGACGGUUUACCUUCAGUCUAGCCUGAGCAACUCUGCUUCAGCCGAUCGACUUCAGCCCUCUCCACACUCAUCACCUGCCAGACAAAAGGCUGCUUUGGUGCACUGAACCAUAACCAAAGCAGAGGGGGGCGGGAAGAGUACUGUUCCUGGCUGCUGUAUACAUGGUCCUUUGGUGCACGGGAGGGCAGUCAGUGUUCUGCCAAGGGGCUUGUGCAUCCUCCUUCCCCCUCCUAUCACUGUUGUGAGCCCCAGUUGAACACCAGCUCUGUGUCACACUGAGCGUGUGGAGUAAAAUAUUGGGGUGGGGAGGGAAGGGAGCAGUAGAGCCUGGGUUUUUUAAACACCUUUUGUGAGUUUUUCAAAAGCAAGGUUCUUUGCUUGUUUUCACAGCAUGCAAUGAACCUGUGUCUAUACUGGUUGGUGUUUUUUUGUUCGUUUGUUUUGUUUUUGAUACUUCUCCACCUGACCCUGUGCCAUUUCCCCCUCCUGAUGAAUGAUUUUUUUGUAACGCAUAUUUUGUCGUAGCUUUGUGAUAACGCUGAUGGGGUCUUUACGGUGAACCGCACCAGGAGUGUUUGGGUUUUCUCAAUGAUCGUAGUUCUUUGUAAUAGCAUAUAACUCAGGUCAGGAUUUUGUAAUCCCUGUUGUGCUGAAAUGAAAAGUGGAUCAUGUAGUUCUAGGUUCAAGAUCAAGACACAGAGUAGGAGGAUUCCGCCCUCUUUUUUUCUUUUUUGGUAUUUGGUGACAUCUGUACAGUUCUUUCUGCCAACUGACACACUUUGGUGGUGUCACUUUAAAGGACCUUGAUGAGUGCCACUCAAACUGUUUUAUGCUGGAAGGGAUCUGCUUUGAUGGAUGAAACAAAUUCCUAACCUUAGCAGUAGAAUGUAUGGAUUUUUUUUUAAAAAAACCUACAUCCUUGGAGCUCCCCCACCCCCAAAAAACUCCUUCUGAACUUUCAAAGGGAAAAUAUGAAAAGUGUACGGGUAAGUUCAGGCACUGAAAUGGAAACAUGUUAAAUCUGUGGCUGGGGUUGUAAGAAUUGCAGUGUAAUAUUUUGUUAAUGGAAAGAGGUAGAUGUGUGUAAAAAUUAGUGUCUUUAUAGAUCCUGGUGGUGUUUGAUGGCAAAAACCACAAUGACAGUUCCAAAGGAUAUCCACGAAAAACAAGAGAACUCUUUUUCCUACAGCACUUCUGUACAGGGUUUCAAGAGGUGUCACUAUCUUGUUAAAUCUAGGUAUGGUGGGUGUGCAUUUGCAGCAAAAAGACUUCAAGUCACGGUUAAGAGGCCUCCAGCUCAUAUGCAACCUGCCUGAUCUGCAAUUGUUGUCCCAGCCAAGUCAGAAUGAUGUAUGCCGAAGAGCUCCUGUGUGGUUGUAGUUGCAGCUGAAACUAAUUGCUAGUCAGCUCAGGAUAUGUGAUAUUUGUAUGUAUCCGUCUGUCUGUGUGUACAUAUGUAACUGUGUAUACACAAAGGAAGUGCAAAUGAUCCUGAUUUUAGACAGUGUUUCUCAUGCAUGUCAAGACUUCUGUAGGGCUGAAAACUAUGAAAUUCAAAAAAGCCCUUUGGUUUUUGCAGAACUGAGGUCAGUCUACAGAUAAACCUUUUCUCUAGUAUUUUCACACUGAAAUAUUAAAUUAAAAUGCAAAAAAACUCAACAACCUUACACAACCUUGAAUUGAUUUUGUGAUUGAAUUUUGAAGCUAAUUUCAUUGUGCUGAUACAGGGGAGAACUUGGUGUUGCACUCACUGCCAAUUUCUGUAUAUUUUGGAAAGUUGCAUUUGGAUACCUUUGAACAUAUUGGGUUGUAUCCAGUUAAGUACUACUCAUAGUAGACCCAUUGAAAUUAAUGAAUCUAAGUUUGGCAUGCCCAUUAACUUCAACUAGUCUACGCUGAUUAGGACUAGCACUGGAAACAACCCAUUUUGAAUUAUAGUUCCCGAGAUCAAGGAAGGAACAGGUUUUCAUUUAUUCUUGGAUAUACAAUCGUACCUUGAAAGUAUAAUGGAAUCCGUUCCGGAAGUCCGUUCGAUUUCCAAAACAUUCAAAAAGCAAAGCAGAAGCUCCUGCAGCCAACUGGAAGCCCCGUCAGAUGUUUGGCUUCCAAAAGAACAAUUGGAAGCUGGAACAGUCACUUACGGGUUUCAACUGUUUGGGAGCCAAAACGUUUGAGAACUAGGCUGUUUGACUUCCAAGGUACGACUGUAAUAGAAUGCCAUUUGAACUAAGAUGGUGGACUGAACCUUUCAAAACUGCACUUAUUUUUGGGUUUCUUAGAACUCCCAAGGCUGAUAGUGAACUAACUUCUUUUAAAAUAGGUUUUCUUAAAUUGUUUCUGUACUUAAAGAUCUAAUGGCUCUGGUUGUCUGAGACUACACAGUCCUAAGUAAGGAGGUAGACUCCACCGUGGGAGCAGGGCCUGGGCAGGAGAGUGCUAGAGUUCUGUCUAGUCCUGUUACAUGGGAUCAGUUCCAGUCUGUUACCUCCGAGGAUGUGGACAGGCUGCUUGGACAAGUGAAACCGACCACCUGUCUCCUUGAUCCUUGCCCAUCCUGGCUGAUAAAAGCGAGCCGGGAAGGGCUGGGCGAUGGGCUCUGCGAGGUGGUGAAUGCUUUCCUCUGUGAGGGAGCCUUCCCAGACCCGCUGAAAGAGGCGGUCAUUAAACCGCUUCUUAAAAAAAUAUCUUUAGACCCGACCAAUUUGGCCAACUAUCGCCCACUCUCAAAUCUACCAUUCUUGGGCAAGGUGAUUGAGCGGGUGGUUGCCGAACAACUCCAAGCAUACCUGGAGGAUGCAGACCAUUUGGAAUCCCUUCCAAUCGGGAUUCAGGCCUCACCAUGGGUCUGAAACUGCCUUGGUCGCGCUGGUUUAUGAUCUCCGGCGGGCUAGGGACAAAGGCGAGAGCUGUUUCCUAGUUCUGCUGGAUCUCUCAGCGGCCUUUGACACCAUCGACCAUAAUAUCCUUCUGGACCAUCUAGAGGGGCUGGGAGCAUUGUCAUACGGUGGUUCCGCUCCUUUCUCCUGGGCCGUGUCCAGAAAGUGGUGUUUGGAAUACAGUAGUUGCUUUGGAAAACAAUAAUCGGUCAUCCGAACAACAUGACCAGUCCACCGAAGUUGAUGUUGAAGAAUCAUUGUUUUGACACUGGUAAUCUUUGCUUCUUCCAGUACACUGGCAUUAGUUUGCCUGUUUCCCAAGUGAUGUGCAACAUUUUUUGGAGACAACCUUGAUGGAAUCUUUCAAGGAGUUGGAGAUGACAUUUAUCAGUGGUCAUUGUGUCACAAGCAUACAGUAUAAAGGUAAAGGGACCCCUGACCAUUAGGUCCAGUCGUGAAUGACUCUGGGCUCAUCUCGCUUUAUUGGCCGAGGGAGCCGGCGAACAGCUUCCGGGUCAUGUGGCCAGCAUGACUAAGCCACUUCUGGCGAAACAGAGCAGCGCACAGAAACGCCGUUUACCUUCCCGCCGGAGCGGUACCUAUUUAUCUACUUGCACUUUGAUGUGCUUUCAAACUGCUAGGUUGGCAGGAGCAUGGACUGAGCAACGGGAGCUCAUCCCGUCACAGGGAUUCGAACCGCUGACCUUCUGAUCAAGUCCUAGGCUCUGUGGUUUAACCCACAGCGCUACCCGCGUCCCUAGCAUACAGUAUGCAUACACCUAAAUAUGGGUGUAUAGUUCUGCAAUUCCGAAGCUACUCAUCUUCCAACGUGCUCUUGAAAAAUUAUGCAACGCUACCCCCGUUGCAUCGCCCUCCCAGCUCUACAAUUCUAUAAAUCCCAUUGCACUAAGCGGAGCUUGCCGGGUGCAUCUGACUGCCCCGGAAUAGCAUAGAGCCCUGAUCUCCUUCCCCGGCCACGCCCCUCUGCAUCCUGUCACGUGGAGAACUGUGGCCACACCCCUCCUGCCCGUCUCCGAAUUCUACCAACCGGGAGCGACACGUCACUGCUCGCGCCCUCAACCAAACUUCCCUGGUCCCUCAAAAGACAGCCUUCCCCGCCGUCUCUCUCCCCUCCGCCAAUCAGCGACGGAGGCGGCGGAGCGUGCCUCUGAAACCUCCCCUUUGGCGAAAGACGCUGGCCUCGUCCUAACGGCGCUCUUCGGAGAGGCCGCCCCCCUUCGGCGUGAUCGGCAGCCGUCUCCGCCAACCGCUGGCCGGCAGUUGGGCUGGCGGGAGGCGGGCCGUCUCUGCCGCAGGGAGUGGAUGCGCGUGGAGCGGAUGGCUGAGGGAGCGGGCUGAGGAGAGGCGCCCGAGUCACACAGGUGAGGGGAAGCGAGCGGGCGCCGCUGCUGGGCUGAGGCUUCCUGAGGGGGGCGGGAAGAGACUUGGCCGGGGCCUGAGGGAGAGCAGGGGAGGCUGAGGGCGGCCGUGGGCUUCCUUGCGAAGCUGGCCUGGUGGGAGGACCCGCGACCUCGGAGUGAGCUGGCCGCCGGCUGAGGCGGUUCCGCUUUCUUCUGCCUGGCCGGAGCGGCGACGCCUUCUUUGAAAAGUGCCUCCCCUUCAGCCCUGAAAUACGGUGCUUAUUUCUCCCACGCCGGUCACAAAGGCCCAUGUUGCCGCUCUUUAGCACCCCAGCCGUGCCCCGGCUAUUGCGCGGAGGGCAGGGCCACAGGCCCCUUCCCUCGAGGGGCUUGCGGUCUGCAGAAGAUGAACUCCGAGGGAAGCGGUUUUCCUUUUUUAAAAGCAGCAGCAGCAGCAAUACAGCCGGACAGGGUCUGUGUUGCAAGAAGCAAAACUGCAUACGGAGAGAACAGUGGCACGUCCCCUUUGUCGUGCUGGUUUCCCCCCUCAUAGAAUCGUAGAGACUUCUUUGAAAUGCCUGGGGAGCUUUGAAAGUGGUAAAACGGUUUUCCCGCUUCUCCAGCGGCCCAUCUUGAAAUCUAGAGUGGCACAUGCCCGUCACCACCUUUAGCUUUGCCUAGAUCUAGGCCCAAACUUGGGUCUCCAUCUGUUUUUGGACUGCAGUUCCCAUCAUCCCUGACACGGGUCCUGCUUAGCUAGGGGUGAUGGGAGUUGUAGUCCCCAAACAGAUGGAGACCCAAGUUUGGGAAACCCUGAUCUAGGCAAUGCAUGCUUAACUUUUUUAAGGGAGGGUGCUCCCUCCCGCAAAUCUUAAAAGCGCUAUCAAAGCUGUGAGGCAAGAUAUGCCUUCCCUGCUUAGUUGGCAGCCUCCUUCCCCACCAGGGGCUAUAAAGGCAGGACACAUGCUUCGUGUGCAGAAGAGCUCAGGGUGUCUCCCGUUAAAAGGCCUUGAAGAGCUAAUGGUUCUUAAUGCAGACAGCUGUGGACUAGAUGGACUGAUGGUGUUAUUCAUUGUAAAUUAGCUUUAUUUAAACAAGCAGACAAAUGUUUGCAAAGCAGACCUCCCCUAUUCUGUUUCUAUAAAGCUAUGCUCCCCACCCCAUUUCAUAAUAUUGUGGCAAGUUUCUCAUGAACUAUACAAUUCCUUCCUUGCAUUAAGAAAUGUACUGGUGGCACAUGCGUAUGUGUAGAUCAGCAGUAUGGCUAAUCAAACUUUGGUUAAUCCCUGCACAUGCAAACACCCACAGAACAUGCAAACAAGCCCUUGUACUCGCACAGCAACACAGGGUUCCCUGCAAAAAGUCAUCUAACAAAAAAUAAUAAUUAGUUCUAUAAAAUUAAGUAGACCACCAGUGUAUCAAAGAGAUACUGAAAGCAUUUAUUCUUCCUAUCUCUUUUUUAGUCUUAUUUGGACCCUUGGCAGAUAUAAAAUACUGUGUAAUAAUUACUCAUUUUUGCACUCUUUGGGAUAGGGCGUUAAUUGAGGUCCACAGAGUCAUAAGGCAGUAACUGUGCCUUGUGUUCCUAGAGGUUGGAACCUUUAGUCAUGUAAUAAAUAUCCCCAGAAAUAGAUAACAUUUCAUCUUCAGCUCUCUAGAAUCUGCUGGGAUGAAUUCUCUCAUCAGAGUAUAAGGCAUAUUGCUUUUUUAAAAAAUGUCCUCAUGGUACAAAAGAUUUGUUUCUUAAAGGUUCUGCUUGUGAUGAGGAUGGUCAUACUGGUGAGUAAGCUGUAGUCUUGGAAGUUGAGAACAUCCAGUGUAAUGCAGCUAGCUAUAUUAGUUGUAGGUUUACAGUCAAACCUUGGUUCCCAAACACCUCCGUUUUAGAACGUUUCGGCUCUCAAAUGCCGAAAACCCGGAAGUAAGCGUUUCAAACGUUUUUCGGAAGCCAAAUGUCCAAUGCGGCUUCUGCUUGAGUGCAGGAAACUCCUGCAGCCAAUCAGAAGCUGUGCCUUGGUUGUCGAAUAUUUCAGAAGCCGAAUGGGCUUCCGGAACAGAUUACGUUCAACAGCCAAUGUUUGACUGUACUAAUUUGUGUAACAUGUCUCUCUGUGUGUUAUGCCUGACAUUGGUAUUAAAAUACCAGAGGAGUCUUGGCUUGAUAGAUGUCGGAUUUCAGAUGGCAAAUACCGUACAGACACAUCUUUUAGACUAUCCCUGCACCCCACCCCUAGCACAGCCUUGGGUCCCCAGUUCUUAAACUACAGCUCCCAUCAUCCUUAACCACUGGUCAUGCUGGCAAGGAAUGAUAGGAGUUGUAGUCCAACAACAUAUACAGACUCAAGGGUGAGAGGCUGCCUUAGCAUCAAGAGAUGAACUAUGCAAAAUGAACUAUGCUUUUUUGGGACAGUUAAUUUCUCUCAAUUUCAUAUUUCAUAUCCAUAUGUUUCUUGCUGGUAGAUUUACACAUUUGUCUACCGAUCACUAUUGCUCAAUAUUUACCUAGUGCUAUCAGUGUUGUAGACAGUGACAAGCCAAUCAGAGUCUGCUGCGCUUACACAGUUGCACCAAGUUACUUAAAAUGGCUUCUAUUUGUUUUGUCUUUAUUACCCUUCCAAAAUUUUGUAGUACUGAAUUUCUGAUAGAAAAUGCACACUCAAUAUUUGUGUGUGUUUUUUAAUAUGAUGUUUGUGGUUUGUAAGAUACUGGGUGGGAAAAUAAAAGUAACGUUGAAAUGUAUAAGUGAAUAUGUUUUGUAUACUGUGCUUUAUUUGCUUUUAUAAAUCAUUGGCCUCACAAAUGCAUAGAUAGGACCCAAUUUUGGUACAAUAAUGAAUGCAUUUUCUUUUAAUAUAUUUGAAAAGUUGUGCCUAUAUAAGAGAAAAUUCACAUUCAGGCUGUCAUUACACAUUUUAUUUAUUUAUUAAAAUUUUAUACCGCCCUGUACCCAUAGGUCUCAGAGCUGUUCACAACAUAAAGUUACAAUAUAAAAAGCACAAAAUACAUAAUAAAAAUGAUUAAAACAGUUAACAAUACUAAUGUAUACAAACUAAUAAAAAUACAUUCCCCAACAAAAGCCUCUAAACAAUAUCCAGCCCACAAAUAUAAAUACAAAAUCCAAAUUAACAUAUAACAUUUAAAAACAAGUUAUAAACAAUUAGCUGGCAUAGGCUUAUAAAAUAAGCCUGAAAAUACCUGAAAGCUGCUAUGUUAAUGUGUCGGAACAAUUGAUGUUGGCUAACACAGCUCUAUGAGUAUGUACUCAGAAGCAAAUCCUUUUGAGUCCAAUGGAACUUACUCUCAGAUAAGUGUGUAUGGGAUGCAACCUUAGAGACUUUAUAUGGGCAGAAGAUGGUAUUGGAUCAGUUCCUCUGAAAAAGGAAUGCUUUUGUGUGGAAUUGUGUCACUGAGAUUUUAGAUCGGUUCUCAUAGGAGGGAUACCUUGUAAAUGACCCAGGAGAUGACCUGUCCUAGGAAAUAUGUUUGCUUGUAAUGUUAUAAUUUAGAGAGCCUGAAGACUUGGUUGCACUAGUUCAGUUUAAAAAAACCCCAACAACCUUGGUGAUCUCUACUUUCUGUUUUCCUUCCAGGUAUUUAA